AUGGCUGAACGUUUUGUUUCCAAUUCCAUUUGGAAAUUGGAACAACAAAUCGCAUCAGCUAAUACUAAUAAUUCUAUUUCAACUUCUUAUCCAUCAAAUUCAGGAUCAUUAAAUAGAGGAUCAAAAAAAGAUGAUUCAAUAACUUUAAAAAGUUAUACUUCAAAAGAUCAUGAUAAUUCUCCUCAUAAUUCAAAUUACUCCAAUCCACCAUCUGUAAAGUAUAAAUCAAUUGAAAAAAAUAUGAAUCUCGAGUCAGAGGGUAAUGAAAUAUUUAAACCAAAUGCUGAUUUAAAAAUAGAAACAGUUUAUAGUGAUUGUGAAAGAAAGACAUCCUCCUCACCAAGAGAAUUUCAGAGAAAUCAAAAAAAAGAAAUUUUUAGUAGUGAUGAUGAAGAGGAAAAAAAAAAUUUAUCAACAAAUUCUGGUCCAUUAAUAAGAAAAUCAAAAGAGUUAUCAUUACCUCCAAUACCUACAGAUAUCAAUAAUUCAUUGCAAAAAUAUAACAGUACAACAAAAAAUCAGGAAUUAUUACCAACAUACAAUAAUUAUCAUCGUCAUAAUAAUAUACCAAUUGUAAAAAUAAAUACUUUUAGAUGGUUAGAAGUUGGUGUUAAAAGAAUAUUAUUUUUUUUAGGUAAAACUGUACCAAAACAUAAAAUUCUUUUUACCCUUCUUCCAUUAAUAUUUUCAACAUUAUCAAUUAUUGGUCCAAUAAUAUAUUAUAAUAAUUUAUCAUUAACAAUACCAUUUCCAACAUUUAUGAAUCAUAAUGAAAAAAGUGGAAGUACUGUUGAAAAUUAUAGGAUAGGUGGAAAUAAUUUAGGAAAUAAUUUAAAUUUUAAUAGUACAAAUCCAAUGUUUAAUUCAUUUAAAAAAACAUCUCAAGCUGAAUUUUCUAUUUUAAUAUCAACAAUUGAUCAAUAUGAUACUGUACUUAAUAGUGAUGUAAUUGAUUUAUAUCAACAAAUAAGAAGUAACAUGCAAAAGUUAAGAUUUACUCCAAGUAAAGAUACAAAAUAUAAAUGGAAAGAUGUUUGUAGGGAGGAUUGUAGUGAAAAAAACGAAUUAGUUAAAAAAUUAUUAGAUAAAGAAUUAUUAUUAAGAUAUCCUGAAGCUGUAAUGAGAGAAACAUUUAAUAAUGAUAGUGAUGAUAUGAAAAUUUCUGGAUUAAAUAUUAGUAGAAUAUAUAUAGCAAAUUUACUUGGAGAUAUUAUUCAAGAUUCAGAAGGAAUUGUAUCUAGAGCAAGAACUCUACAAUUAAAUUUAAAAAUGAAAGAUAAUUUAAAAAAUGAAAUAUUUGAAGAAUAUGAGAAAAAUUUUAGAAAUGCUGUUGAAAAAGAAAGAAUUGAAAUUAAAAAACAUUCUUUAGAAUUAAAUUAUUGGAGUGUUAGAAAAUAUGUUGUUGAAGUUUUGGAUGGUUUAGAAAAUGCACAUUAUAAAUUAUUUUAUUGUGCCAUAACAUUAAUAACACUUUGUUUCUUUAGUGGAUUUAGAAAAGAUUCAUAUCAAUCAAGACCAUUUUUUGGAAUUCAAAUUGCUUUAGUUUUAAUAAUUUCUAUUGGUGCAGGUAUUUUUGUACAAAUUACAGGUGUUGGACAAUAUUAUACUCUUGCAUUUUUGGUUUCAUUUCCAAUUAUACAAAUUGGUUUGGUUCUUUUUUAUUCAAUGUUAGAUUCCUGGUCAAGAUAUUGUAUGGCUGCUUUACAUCCAGUUGAAAAAUUAGUUUUUAUACUAUCAUGGGAUGGUCCUGUUGUCAUAUUAUCACUUCUUAUAAUUGUUAUUGCUACCUGUGGAGCAGGAACUUUUGCCAUAAAUCAACAUUUACAAUAUUCACUUUUUAUUAUUGGAGCAUCAUUUGCUAUUAUGUUAGUAUUUGCCUUAUUUUACCUUACAUUAUGUAUGUAUACAAGUGGUAAAAAAGAAGCUGAAGGAGUUAAAUGGUACCAAUUUUGUAGAAAUGGUGAUGAUAAUUUUAAUGAAAAAACGUUACCUGAUUUUGAUGAAAAUUUUUUCAAUGUACUUCAUGAAAAAUUAACUGAUUAUAAAUCAUCAAAAAGUAGAAUUAUUGGAAGAGUACUAUCUAAUGCUAAUGUUAGAAGUCUUGUUGUUUUUGCAAUGACAAUAUAUAUAAUUAUUGGUGUAUGGGGUUUCUAUCAGACAUCAGUUGACUUGAAAGAGGAACAUUUUGUUAAUACAAAUACUACAUCAUAUAAAUUUAUGAAUACAUAUAGAAAAUCAUUCAAAAAAUCUGAUAAUUAUUUAGAAAUUGUUCUUAAUGCUCCAUUAGAUUAUUAUGAUAGAGUUAAAAAAGAAGAAAUAUUAUCAUUACUUAGAUGGCCAUUAGAUCAACAAUAUGCUACAAAAGCCGUAAGUUGGUUAAUGGAUUUCGAAAGAUUUCAACAUACAACAGUAUAUGAUGUUAAUGCUGAUACAAUAGUUCCUAUAGUUUCAUAUAUUUUCCUUCAAUCUGACAGUUACAAAAAAUAUUCAACUGAUAUUGUUUUUGAUAAAUUUAAUACACAAAUAAUAAAAAGUAGAAUGUAUCUGGAGAUGAGUAGUAAAGGAUCAAGUGAACAAUUAAAAAUGAUAUCAGGAAUCUUAGAAUUAGCUAAAAAAUAUAAUUUACCUAUAACAUUAAAAACUCCUUUCAUAUUUUCUCUUCAACAUGAUCUUCAAUUAAGUGGAGCUCUUCUAACAUGUCUUGGUAUUAUUUGUGGAAUUGUAUUUGUUAUGACAAUUCUUUUUUUUAAUAAUCCUGCUAUGGCUUUAACAUGUUUAUUAUCAAAUAUUAUUGCUGUCCUUUGUUUAGUUGGAUAUUCAUAUCAUUUUUCUAUUCCAUUAAAUAUACUUACUGGUACGGCAAUCUUAAUGGGAAUACUUUUUAAUACAGUUUCAACUAUUCAUUUUGUUUAUAAUUAUACUAAUUCAGGAUUUACACAUAUAACUUCUGGAGCCAGAAUACAAUAUGCUUUUCAGUGUACUCUUAUGCCAGUAGCAUUAGCUUCUGUCAUUACUGGUUUAACAUUUGUUCCAUUAUUAUCAUCAAAAAUUCCAUUGAUAUAUCAUAUGUUUUGUAUUAUAUUUUUAUCAUCUAUUGUUACUAUUAUUAAUAUUUUAUUAUUUGUUCCAUCAUCAAUAAUUUUCUUAACAGAAUCUGUUGCAACAUGUUGUGUAAAAAUUGGUCAAAUGUGUGAGGAACCAAUGGCACCAUCAUGUAUCAUUGAACAACCAGGUGAUGGAAUAUAUAUUGUUUCAAAUGGGAUUGAUGGACGUAUCUCAAAAUAUUAUAAUGGUAAUAUAAUAACACCAAUUCCAACAAGACAUAUGAUAAUGCCACCACCAGAUUAUGAAAAAUCAUCUACAACAAUGUCCAGAAAACCUAAAAGAAUACCAUCAUCAAGAAUAGGGGGAAAUUUUAAUGAUUCAUUUGAGAAUGAUGAAAGUAUUUAUGAGGAACCACAAACACCACCACCAAAUAAAAAACGUUCCACCAAGUCAGGUCAACAAUUAACAAAAAAAAAGCAUAUUGAAACUUUAUCUAAACAGGCAAUGGAAAAUGAUAUUAAAAAUGGUUGUAGACCAGAGGUACCAAUAACAAAUUAUCGUUAUAAUUACCCACAACCAACGGGUGCUCCUACUCCUCCAAAUCCAAUGAUAACAGUUCAACAGAUGAAUGCAUGGAGGGCAAUUAAUUUUCCAUAUCCACAAAAUUAUCCAAUGAAUAGUACACCUGUAGCAGGAUCAUUCCAUCAUCAUCAAUAUAAUGGAAGUACUGGUAAUAAUCAAAGAAGAUAUUUUUAA